AUGGCGGCGAUGGUGAACCUGGCGAACACCAUGGAAGCGAAUGCUGCUGCGAUUCUGCAGGUUGUGCAGAGGUUAACCCAACCGGCCAGAAGCGAAAACAACAAUGGAGAAGGUGCUGAGGACAGCUUGAGAGGUGUUCCGAGAACUCUAGCUGCUUUUCAGAAAGCUGGCUCGCUGGUUUUCAAUGGUUCGACAAACUAUACUGAAGCAGACAACUGGUUCCAAGCUGUGGAGCGUGCAUUGCUAACUCAACAUGUACUAUAUGACAAGUUCGUGGAAUAUGCAACUUUUCAACUAGUGGGAGAAGCCCAGCAAUGGUGGCAAGGAGAGCGCCGACUACUACACCAACAGAACGUGAACAUUACCUCAACGUUCUUCGAGGAAGCUUUCUACAAGAAGUACUUUCAUGAGUCAUUAAGGGAGGCCAGAGAAUUGGAGCUCUUACAGCUGAAGUAA